AUGUUUAUUUCUGGCAAUAUAAAGACAGAAAUUGAUGAAGUUAAUGAGCUAAGGAGGAGGCAUAUAUUGAAGUUUGGACAAGGGAGUAGUUCUACUUCUCAGACGAUACUAUCGUCUCAGAGUAUUUUUCCAUUACAUAAAGAAUUUAUAACUGAAGGUGUGAAGAAACAUGUUGAUGAGAUUAGCGAGAUAGAAGAGGAAAUGUCUUGUGUUGUGGUUGCGACAAUUAAGAUUGUGCAAGAAGAGUAUGGUUGGUUUUAUGCUGCCUGUCGUAAGUGUUUCCAGAAGGUGAUGGGUAAAAGUGAAUACUUGCAGAAUGUUGAGAAUGUUUCAGAUGAUAUUUUUCGAUUGCCUGCGACUUCUUUGGUUUGUAUCAGAUGUCAUACUGAAUGUACAUCGAUCACGACAAAGUUCAAGGUGCAAGUGCGGGUGCAGGAUGAGAGUGGUAGUGUUUCGUUUGUUAUGUUUGAUAGAGAUGUUCAGAAGCUUCUUGGAUUAGCGGCGAGUGACAUAAGAGAAAGGCAGGCUGCUUUUAAGAUUGAUGUUUCAGAGUUCAAUCUUAAAAAUGACUAUCGUGUUUAUACUGUGCAAAAAACAACUGAGGAUCCAGUAAUAAUUGCUGAAUUGGUUGGUGGAGAUGGUAAUGGUGAUGAAAAUACUGAUGAGGUUACUCAAGAGGUAGCUGAGGUUAAAGACGUUAACCUUUCAGACUCUUCUCAGGUUUCUGCUGAACGAACUUUAAGGGAUGUUGUCUCUGUUACGGCCGACUCUUCAGUCGUUGAAGUUGAAAAGGAUUCAGGAUCAAGUCCCAAUGGAAAGCGGAUGGCUCAAGAUGUUGAUGUUGCCAACGUUGGUGAGCUAUCCACUAAUGUGAGAAGAACCCAGAAGAAGCUGACUAAGGUUAACAAUUAG